AUGACUAGUAAAAAACCAUAUUUCAAACCUGGAACAUUCUCUGGACUAAAUUGGGAAAAUUUUGACUCUUUCAUCAAUAAAUACAAUAUGUCCGCAUCAAUUAAUGACUGGUCUGACGAAGACAAAAUUCGAUAUUUCCCGGGUUUUCUAGAGAGUACCGCAUUAAAAACAUAUGAAAAUAUACCAGAUAACAGGGAUAUAAAAUCUAAAUGGUCAAAUUUAGAAAAACAUUAUCGAAGACAAUUCGAACCUACCGACCAGAUUGACAUUCUUCGUUCUCAAUUAGAAAAACGGAAACAACUAGAUGACGAAAAACCCAUGGUAUAUAUAACUGACAUAGAAUAUCUAUGCAGACGUGUCGACCCCUUAAUGGCACAACAGGAAAUAAUACGCAAUAUUAUGAAGGGCCUUAAAUCAGAUAUUAUUAGAUAUGUAGGUUUUAUGGACAACAAUACCGUAGAAAAUCUUAAAUAUACUAUUCAAAUAAUUGAAAAAAUUGAAUUUAUGGGGAGUGGUAGGCUAUGCAAUCAAUCACCAUUAAAAACUAAGGAAUCUAUAUUUAAAGAAGAAAUCUUUAAAAUAAGUGAAACUAUAAAAACGUUAAAAGAAAAUAAUGAGAAACUAAUAAAAGAUUUACAAAAUUCAACUAUGACCGAAAAUAUUAAUAAAAUCACAAGUCAAUUUAACGAUAAAUUUAAUACUCUUAGCGAACAGUUUAAAUCACANGUUACAAACAUGAUUAAUAUGAUCUUUAAAUUAUAGAUCGGUAGCAAAAAUAACACCUAAAUCUUUUAUAGUAGAGAAAAGAACUAGAGGGGUGGAAUUAAUAGAAUAAUGAAAGUUUAUAGGGCAAUAUGUUCAGAAAAACGAUACAUAAUUUGCAUUUAUUAAUAUUUAUAACAAAGCCAUUACAUGAGCACCAUUCAUAGAAAUUAUCUAGGCAUCUUUAGAGAUCUAGAUGGUCAGAAGUAUCAUUUAUAACAUUAAAUACCUUCAGGUCGUCAGCGAAGAUCAAAAAUUUGCAGGAUGAUAAGCAAUGGGACACAUCAAUAAUAAAUACGUUAAAUAGUCACGAAGAAAAAUGCACACCUUGUGUGACACCUGAGAUAACAGUAAUGGGAAAAGAAGAAUAA